AUGAGCCUUAGAUUUGCCCGUCUGUUUGCCUCGAGAUCCCGCUCUCUAGGUGUGUGGUCAGACUUCAAGUCGAGAUCUUCGUCCUUGAAGUUGCUUGAUGAGAAGCUCCAGAAGGAUCUCUUCGAAGGUUCGACAGAAUCUGGUCCAGCUUCCAUUGCUGAUAAAUCUGUCAGAGCUGGAUACCAUUCGCCUCCCCUUAUCGAUGACGUUUUCAAAUUGGCUUACAAUGAGUUAGAAGAGAAUUCACAGAAGAUCUACUCACAGAUUGCAUCGGAAAAGUUGUCCACAAAGAAGCUCGAACAACUCCUUGCCAAAGCCGAGGAAACGAAUCCAGAGGUACUCCACAACGUCACAUACAACUUGGAAAAUGUUGAUAGAAGCCAGCCUGUCUACAGAAAAUACUUACAAAAGAAGUGGGAGAGCUACGCUUUGAUGGUUACCAUGCAAAGAUUAGAGCAGUUGCACGUCAUUCCUGACACUUUGCCCACAUUGGAGCCCGCCGUAGAUGUCCGCAUCAAGUUUGGUCAUAACUCCAAGGGGGAGUUUUCUGAUUGGGUCGUUCCUGGCGCCAAAUUACCUGCGUUUGCCGUGGAAAUGCCUCCUACCAUUGAGAUCCAGGAAUUUUCCAUUCCAGAGGAACAUAGCGGCUUAUACUCCGUGCUUUUAGUAAACCCAGACACUCCUGACCUCGAGACAAACUCCUUCAGAACCACAUUGAACUACGGUUUGCACAAUGUGCCCUUGACUUAUACCGAGAACACCAUCACUCCAGGAAAACUCUUGACCAACCCACAAUGGAUUUUCAAGAAGUACCAGCCACUUUUGCCUGAAAAGAAUGCUCCUACUCAGAGAGCCUGCUUGUGGGUCUUCAGACAGGAGAAAGAGCUUUCUGCUGUUGACUUCAAUAGCGAGGACUUUGAUAUCCGUUCUUUUGCCGAUACCAACAACUUGACCGCAGUUGGAGCACAUGUGUGGAGACAAGAUUUUGACAGAAGUGUCAACCAGGUGAGGGAGAAGUAUGGUCUUCCAAAGGGUAAUGUGUACCAUAGAGUGCGUGGAACUACUCCUUUAUUGUAA